AUGACUACUACGGUGCCAGCAGUUUUUGCAUUCCAUGAGUUUGCAGGUGUAGCAGAAGCGGUUGCUGAUCAUGUUGUUCAUGCACAGAACCAUGCAUUGGCAAAGGGAACUAAGGAUCGGAAAUUGUCUUUUGGUAAUAGCCUCAAUGGCGAAAAGGAUGUAAGCCGUGUGUCGUCUACGAGAAGUAUCAUCAACGUUCCUAAGGAUAAGAAGAGUAAAAAGGAAAAAGAGGUUAGAUUUAAAAUUGCCUUAUCAGGAGGAUCACUAAUUCAAGUGCUUCACGAAGGUUUAUUAAAGAGAGAUGAUGUUCAAUGGGGGAAAUGGGAUAUCUAUUUUGCAGAUGAAAGGCUGGUUCCAUUUGAAUCUGGUGAGAGUAAUUUUGGUCAAGCAAAGAGGAAAAUUUUUGAUUUGAUUGAUGUGGAGAAAUACGGUAAACCCAACGUGUUCCAUGUAAACGAGAAGUUAAUUUCAGAUCCUCAAGAGUGUGCGGAUAAUUACGAGAAGGUUUUGAUAAAGGGUUUUGCAGGUAGAGAUUCUGUAAAACUACCGAUGUUUGAUCUACUCCUGCUGGGAUGUGCACCCGAUGGACAUAUUGCAUCGCUUUUCCCCAAUUUCCAAGAGAAUUUACGUGAAAAAUUAGCAUGGGUUGUCCCUGUAGAAAAUGCGCCAAGUGGGCCUUCCAAUAGAAUAUCGUUAACAAUACCUGUGAUCUGUCAUUCCCAUAGGGUGACGUUUGUGGUAGAAGGUGCGACAAAGGCACCUGUAGUUAAAACAAUUAUGGAAAGACCUGAGAAGGGUUUACCGAGCAGUAUCGUCAAUGAAGGGGCCGCAGGUCGUGUAUCUUGGUUUGUCGAUGAUGAUGCUCUAACUGAUGUUUUUGUAACGAAGAAGAAGUACAAGUUUUGCUGUGAUAGCUAA